AGAGUCGGAGGAGAAAGAUCCGUGCCGCCCUGAUCGCCCUCUAAAACAAGAUACUCCUUCUUGUCUCCACUCCACUCCACUCCACUCCACUCCACUGCUAACGACUUCUCUCUUCCUUCUCUUCUACAUCCCAUCCCAUCCCAUCCCAUCCCAUCCCAUUGAAGACAUACACAGAGCUACGCGUUUCUAGAGAGAGAAAGAGUAGAGCAAGAGAGAGAGCGAUGGUUUGUUCAGGUCGAAUAUUGGCGGUUUCAUACCCUGUGACGCCACUCUUACAGCGCAAUUCGCCAUGGUCGAAGAACUCGAGAUUUAUUCAAGUAAAGUUGAGAUCCAAACACAUAUGCCCAUCCAUGGCUUUGGACCCCGAGGGUUCUUCAUUUGCUCCUUCUAUUGAUUCCGACUCAUCUGAUAAAAACUCCUCUGGGUUUUGUAUCAUUGAAGGACCUGAAACAGUGCAGGAUUUUGCCAAAAUGGAAUUGCAAGAAAUUCAAGAUAAUAUUCGAAGCCGGCGAAACAAAAUAUUUUUGCAUAUGGAGGAGGUUCGCCGGCUCCGGAUACAACAGAGGAUAAAAAAUGCUGAACUUGGAAUCCAAAAUGAAGAACAAGAAAAUGAACUUCCAAAUUUUCCUUCAUUCAUUCCAUUCUUGCCUCCAUUGAGCUCAGCGAAUCUUAGGCUGUACUAUGCGACUUGUUUCUCUCUUAUCGGCGGGAUUAUCAUUUUUGGUGGUCUUCUAGCACCUACUCUGGAGCUAAAGUUGGGACUAGGAGGCACAUCAUAUGCAGACUUUAUUCAGAGUGUGCAUCUGCCAAUGCAGUUGAGUCAGGUUGAUCCCAUCGUGGCAUCGUUCUCUGGGGGAGCAGUUGGAGUGAUCUCAGCUUUGAUGGUGGUUGAAAUAAAUAAUGUAAAACAGCAGGAGCAUAAAAGAUGCAAGUACUGUCUUGGAACAGGAUAUCUUGCUUGUGCUCGCUGUUCAAGCUCAGGAGCGCUUGUCCUUGUUGAACCAGUUUCAACUGUUAAUGGUGGAGAUCAGCACCUAGCACCUCCUAAAACUGAACGAUGUUCAAACUGUUCGGGUUCUGGAAAGGUCAUGUGCCCUACCUGCCUGUGUACAGGGAUGGCGAUGGCAAGUGAGCAUGACCCUCGGAUUGAUCCAUUUGAUUAGAAAAGCAUAUCAUUUCUUACUUCGCCCUCAAUUCCAUGUAUGAUUUUCUGCUGCAUCUACACAUUCAUGACAAGUCCUAACAUCUUCUGUAUAAUUGUAAUCCUUUUACUAAGGGAGAAACCUCAUUUUUCGUAAUAUAAGAUGUUUGAAGAA